AUGGCAAGCAUGCACACCAACGCAUGUCCCGAGCAGUUGUCUGAGCGGUUAUUUCGCUACAACCCGACGAGUGCUUCAGGCGCACAUUCACAGGCGCCUACUGCGGUAGUCUUGUAUGGCUGGAUGGAUGCGGAGCUCAAGUAUGUCGCCAAGUAUGCAGACAUGUACGCGAAACUACUCCCUAGCGCGACGGUGCUUGUAAACCUGACCACAAACAAGAGUACAUUUCUGUCUUCCGAGCUGGAGCGAGCAAAAGAGGCGUCGUACACAAUUCGCGCGCUGCGCGAUGUUUCCGCAGAAAACCGCGGCCCCGGCCGUGCCACUGUUCUGUUCCACAGCUUUUCAAACGGCGGUAUUAUUUCACUGAGUGCGCUUUUGCGAUCUGUGCGUAAUACGGAGCAAGGAUCGCUGCCAGAGCCCGUUGCGACCGUGAUGGACUGCUGUCCUGGCGCGUUGAGUGCUUCGCUGUUCGGCGACGCCGGCACGUUUGCCAUGGACGAUAGUACCAUUGCGAGCCGUGUACGAAAGAUGCUGAUCAGCACGAUGCUCACAAACAUGUAUCGUUUGCGUAUGGCGAAGGAGAGGCUCGCAGGGCGCAGCGAUGACUUUACUGCCGUAAAGGCCCAGCUGAAUAACCCAGCGCUUUGGGCAUGGGCGCCUAAAGGGGGAGUCGUUCCUUCCACGUUGCCCGCUCGCCUGUACCUAUACUCGCGUGCAGACCGCUUUAUUCCUACCGAGGAAGUGGAAACAAGUGCAAAAGCUUCGCAAGACACAAACCACGACGCAUGCCUGCCGAAAAUAGCCGUGGAAAGAGAGGAGGCGCAGUGGCCGUCGCUCGAGGAGGCACGUACUCGUCUAUGCAUGUGGGACAAUGCGCCGCAUUGCGCGCUCCUGCGGUAUGACCCACAGCGUUAUGUAGCAGCAUUGGGCACGUUUCUGCAGGAUGUGGAGAAAACGACGCACAAAACGCGGUCCAAGCUGUAG